CUAAUCUGACAAACCAAAAAGUAAAUUACGCACAGUGCACUAUUUAUGCAUGUUAAUUUUUGGUUGUCAAGUUACAAACGUCAAAUUUUCUCUAUAAUUUCAAAAGGUGAGGGCGUAUAAAAAACAUCUUGCAAUAUCUGCAGUCGAUCGUUUUAAAGGCGCUCCCUUCAUGGCGUAGCUUUAUUUACACUGGGCUUUGAACAGCGAUAAAGAAUCAGCUGUUGUGUCAAACAAUUCUCGAAGUCUGUGUAGGUACUCGGAUCGAAUCUGCACCGUGUAUACAUUUCAUUAACCUUCGCUUAUCGUAAUCAUCAAUGCUAAUUGCUAAAGAACGAUGAGCUUCCCGGAGAAACAAGAUAAUAUAUCGAAGGAUGAAUGGGUUGCCAAGCUGGAGGAGAACUCUCAUACGCUACGCGUUUCCAUGAACAAUUUGAUCAUGAAUUACCUCGUCACAGAGGGAUUCAAGGAAGCGGCUGAAAAAUUUCAACAAGAAUCUGGGGUAGAACCCACUGUAGAUCUGAGCUCUUUGGAUGAUAGAAUCCGUAUCAGAGAAGCCAUUCAGAAUGGCCGUAUUCAAGAGGCGACGGAUCUUGUAAAUCAGCUACAUCCAGAAUUAUUGGAUAACGAUAGAUACCUUUACUUUCAUCUGCAACAAUUGCAUCUUAUCGAGUUGAUUCGCACAGGGAAAAUAGAGGAGGCUUUACAGUUUGCUCAGGAUCGGCUAAGCGAAGCUGGAGAGUCAGAUGAUAAUAUUUUAUGCGAAUUGGAACGUACUCUGGCUCUGCUGGCUUUCGACGAACCUCACAAGAGUCCUUACAGUGAUUUAUUGCAUCCAACUCAUAGACAAAAGAUCGCGAGCGAACUGAACGCAGCUAUAUUAAAAAUGGAAUACAAGGAAUCAACCAGCCCGCGAGUAAAUAAUUUACUCAAAAUGAUACUUUGGGCACAGGAUGAAUUGGAAAAGAAAAAAGUGAAGUAUCCUAAAAUGACUGAUCUAGGUAGUGCCACUAUCGAAAGCCCGAAAUAAUUUGAAUUGGACAAAGUGUGGGAUGAUGAAAAUUUAUUUAUUAGGAUGAAGAAAAGAGGUGUGAUUGUAUCAUAUUAGUGUUUAACAUGUGAACAGGUUUCAAGAAUAGAAUAAAAAUUUGAACUUUUUAAUAUA